AUGCCACCGCCGGGCGAUGUUUUCCCGACGCUCUUCGAUGCCCUGCGCGAUCGCCUUGCUGUUCACGUGUCCGUGAUCGACAGCGUCACACCCGGUGAUAACCCGCCAACUUGCCGGAGUGCUUCAUCACAAGCCGCAUCAGAUACGCUGAAGACGUCGCUGUCGACUUUCGACCAAAGGGUCCACCGCUGCAUGGUAGAGGAAAUUCGACAUGAUGCAAGCGCUAACAGGCUACAAAUGCUGAGGCGUAAGCGACUUGACGUGAGCAGGACGCGAGAGGCCAAACAGAGACAAAAACAGCGGUUGAUUACUGUAGCAGAGGCUGAAUGUGAUGCGGUGCUGCUAGACGUCUCGAAGCAUGACCACAACUUCCACUUGUUCGUGACGGACACCCACACCAGGGCGGCGGCCAGACUACAGACAUUGUUCUAUGAGUGCAUUGCAGAGAUGAAGAAGGCGCUGGUUCGCAUGGAAGGUGUAGCCGCGGACACCACGGAGGAGUCUGAAAGUAUGGUUUACGAUGCUAUGUCAUUGUAA